GUCAAAUCUCCAAAUCUCACACUUACCAACAAACAUGUGGAUACUACCAGCACUCGGGUACAUCGGUGUCAUUUUGGGCUUUGCCUUCCUGACGUUAGCAAUAGCAUCCGGGCUAUACUACCUCUCCGAGCUCGUAGAGGAACACACCGUCUUAGCAAAGAAACUACUCACUCGCCUCAUCUAUGGUGUCAUUGGCAUCCAAAUUCUCCUGCUCCUUGUCGACGGCUUCCCAAUCGGUCUCAGCGCGCUCAGCAUCGUCAGCCACGUCAUCUACGCGCAGAACCUUCGACGCUUCCCAAUCGUCAAGCUCACAGACCCUUUGUUCUUGCUAUCUUGCGGCCUGGUGAUAGCAAACCACUACCUCUGGUUCCGCCACUUCAGCGCGCCCUCGCCCUCCGCGAACAGUUAUUCGAACUACCCCUACGACCGCCCUGACAUCCCCUCCUUUACCGAGAUUGCAUCCUAUUUCGGACUGUGCGUGUGGCUAGUGCCCUUCGCGCUCUUCGUCUCGCUUUCCGCGGGCGAGAACGUGCUUCCCUCGAUGGGCUCUGAGUAUGCCACGGGGGAAGGGAGCAGUUACAUCACACCUGGUGUGGGGCCGAGUGGGUUUGCUAGUGGGAGCGGGAGUGCAGCGGGUGGUGCUGGCAAGAGGAGAGCAAGGAGUGGGACGAAUCAGGGUAUGGCAAAGCAGGUCUUCGGUGGGGUUAAGGAUUGGGUGGGUGAGACGGGGGAAGUUAUGGGGUUUUGGAAAGGCGAGAGGACGAGGCCUACGUUCUAGUCUGGAG